AUGGCGGCCCCCAAGUCCGCUCUCUUGCGUCAGAUUGGCAGCCUGACUGUCAAAAACUAUAUCAUCCUUCUUUCUCGUCAUUCAGCUUCGACCAUCUACACCGCUCUUGUUCUACCUAUCAUCCUCACCGUCUAUCUAGGCAUUGGGCGAAAUCUCAACGGCCCUCAGAAUGAGUAUGGUAUCGCCGAGCCCCGAGCUAUUCGAUCCUUGCAGGGCGGUCUUUCUGCCGCCGACAGUUCGCGCAACACGGUUGUCUUCGUCAACAACGGAAACACAGGCGGCGACAUCGAAAGUGUGAUAUCUUCAUUGUCCGACGAAGUCUCCGCAGCCGGCAAGCAAGCGACAACAAUCACCAACAUUUCUGAGCUGGGUUUCAUCUGCCGUUCGUCAGCUAGGGGCACGACUCCCUGCUAUGGCGCCGUAGUCUUCCACUCAUCUCCGAACGAAGGCAACGGCAACGUCUGGAACUAUACUCUCCGUGGUGAUAUUGCCCUUGGAAGCAGUUUUCAGGUAUCCAACGACGACAAUGACGCCCAGGUUUACACCUUGCCUCUUCAACGAGCUGUUGACUCCGCCAUCGCGCGUCACGAUUCAAAUGGAGGAAACUCGGCGUCUCUUGACGGCUUGCAAGAAUGGGGAUUCACAGACGAAACCGAAGACGAGCGUGAAGCUUCCGUCCGAAGAGAUUAUCAAAAGACUUUCAUCGACUUUCUUGCCGUUUCAUUCGUCCUUGCCCUUAUAGGCGUAAGCUACCAUCUACCUGGACAUGUAGCUACCGAGCGUGAGAAGGGUCUCUCGCAGCUUAUCGAUUCCAUGAUGUCGAGUCGUUAUGAGUGGGAGCCCCAGGUUGCCCGCAUGGUUGCCCACCUGUACUCCUUUAGCACAAUUUACUUCCCUGGCUGGGUUGCGGCUUCUGUCGUCGCCAGGACUAUGGUCUGGAAGGAGACGAACAUUGGAAUUGUUCUCAUCUUCUUCGUCCUCGGCGGACUUGCUUUGACGUCCCAGGCCCUUUUGGGCGCCACAUUUUUCAAAAAGGCUCAGCUUUCCGGCGUCAUCAACUCCCUGGUCUACGUUUUACUUGGAGUGUUGGCCCAGGCGCUCCCCGAUCCCGGCACUGGAGCCGUCGCGGUUCUCAGCGUCCUCUUCACACCUUGCGCAUUUGUAUUUUUUAUCAAGUCUCUUGCUCGCUUUGAGGGCGAAGGUCUGGGGAUGAGCCUGGUAAAAGCCCCUCCGACUGGCGCUUCAACCCUGCCAGGCAUCGCUUUCUGGAUCUUCUUCAUCUUUCAGUUCAUCGUUUAUCUCUUGCUGGCUGCCGUUCUCGAACGCCAGAUCCAUGGUGUUGGCUCUGAGAGCAGAAAGAUCUACAGAGGCGAAGGCCCUCAGCCUGAAGAGGCUGUCUACAUUGACGGCUUGACCAAGGUGUAUAAGCCGAGUCUUUUCCGUCAACUUUUCUCGUUCAUCUCGAAACCGCGCGAACCCACCGUCGCUGUCAACAACCUCAAUCUCGUGGCAAAAAGGGGCCAGAUCCUGGCACUCCUCGGUGCGAAUGGUAGCGGCAAGAGUACAACCCUUGACGCAAUCGCCGGUAUCAGCCGCUUCAACCAGGGCAGCGUGUCAAUUGAUGCCUCCGGUGGCAUCGGUAUCGCUCCUCAGAAGAAUGUAUUGUGGGACGAGUUGACAGUCACUGAACACAUCCAAAUCUUCAACCAGUUGAAGUCUGGCGGCAACAAAGCUGGAAAAGAGGAAAUCGAAAAGCUAAUCGAAUCCAUCGGGCUUGGAUCCAAGAAGAAGGCGCAGUCAAAGACCCUUUCCGGCGGCCAGAAGCGCAAGUUGCAGCUUGGCAUGAUGUUGACUGGCGGAAGCGCGGUUUGCUGUGUUGACGAAGUUUCCUCCGGUAUCGACGCCCUCUCUCGCAGGAAAAUCUGGGAUAUCUUGCUCUCUGAGCGAGGCAAGCGGACUAUCAUCUUGACUACGCACUUCCUGGAUGAGGCUGACUUGCUUGCCGAUAACAUUGCGAUCCUAUCCAAGGGCGCCCUGAAAGCCGAGGGCACUUCCGUUGCCCUAAAAGAUAGCCUUGGCGAUGGUUAUCGAAUCCAUGUGCUUAACGCCAAGCAUGUGCAGAACCCUCCAGAAGUCCAUGGUGUCCACUUGAAUGUCUCGUCAAAUACUAUUGUUUAUACGGCGCCAUCUUCGACUCUGGCUGCAGAGGUUAUUCGCACCCUCGAGGAAGCUCGCCUACCUUACAGAAUCAACAGCCCCAACAUCGAAGACGUGUUUCUCAACGUUGCUGAAGAGGUCAAGGGCGAAGAUCUUCGAUCCGGCCCGCUUUCAGGAGCAAAGUUCUCGGAAGAUGCUGCGCAGAUCACUGAGAAGGGCAUGGCUCAUGACGGACGAAACUCGCUGGGUCUACAAUCAGGCCGCCAAACCGGCUUCUUCAAGCAAGCUGUGACCUUGGUCUACAAGCGAAUCACCCUUUUCAAAACCAACUGGAUACCCUUUAUCAUCGCCUUCCUCGUCCCUAUUAUUGCGGCAGCCAUCAUGCAGAUUCUUAUCAGGAACAAGGACUCCUCUACAUGCAUCCCCAGCGAUGACAGCCGGGCAGCGAACAGUAACAGAUACGACGAAGUGAUCCAAGACUUACAUCUCGCUGCUGGGCCGGCCGCGGCUCUUACCAGUCCUGCUUUCACUGCUCUUAUAGAUGCUUUGGCACCUGGGAACUCCACCUCGGGCAAUUUUACUUUAGAACAGGUAUCCUCUGCGUCGAACCUGCUGAGCUACAUCGAGAGUGAACGCAGAAACAUCAUGCCUGGUGGGUUCUGGGCUGGCAACGAUAAUGGAACACCAACUGUGGCAUACCGAGCAGACGGAAUUCUCUCGAUUCCCGCUGCAGUUGUCGCCCAAAACCUGCUCAGUAUUUCGAGAACCAAUGUCACCAUCGCAACUAGAUACAUUCCGUUUGACAACCCUUUUGGCUUCUCAACUAUCGACACUAUCCAACUGGCUAUUUACUUCAGCAUCGUGCUCUCCAUCGUUCCCGCCUUUUUUGGACUCUAUCCCAACGUCGAGAGACGCUCCAACGUCAGGGGCCUGCAGUAUUCAAGCGGAGUUCGGUCGCUACCCUUGUGGACAGCACAUGUUGUUUUCGACUACGGUAUCUUCUUCAUCUCCCUCAUCAUCGCGGCCGCCAUCUUUGUUGCAUCGUCGAACGUGUGGUAUGCCCCUGGCUAUCUCUUCCCGGUCUUCAUACUAUACGGCCUUACAUCGAUCUUGCUAUCAUACGUCUUUUCUCUAUUCCUGAAUAGCCAGGUAGCGACCUUUGCAGCCAUCAUGGCAUACAAUAGUGUGGGAUUCGCCAUCUACCUCAUCGCGUUUCUAUACAUUCUCACUUUUUCGCCUGCCACUGUCAGCGAUCGCAACAUCAUCAUCGGUCAUUACACGAUUGCCGCUUUUUUCCCCGUUACGAACGUAUGUCGGGCUCUGAUGAUUGGCCUCAACACGUUCUCCCUAGCUUGUGAUGACACUGACUUUUUCGGAUAUCCCGGUACACUGGACGCAUAUGGAGGCCCGAUCUUGUACCUCGCUCUCCAAGCCAUCAUUCUGUUUAACAUACUCCUAUGGUACGACAGUGGAAACAAGAUUCCUGCUUUCCUCAAGCAGAAGAAGAACCCAAAGACGGAGACUUCGCAGUCCCAAGCUGAUCCAGAGGUCGCCAACGAGCUUCUCCGUGUCGAGACCGCGGAGUCUGACGAUGGCCUUCAGGUCAAGCACUUGACCAAGAAGUUCGGCAAGUUUACUGCUGUCGACGACAUCACAUUUGGCGUCCGGCUUGGUGAGGUCUUUGCUCUUCUCGGGCCCAAUGGCGCCGGCAAGUCAACGACCAUCUCGCUCAUCCGCGGAGACAUCCAACCGAGCAACAACGGCGGCGACGUCUUCGUUGAGCAAGUCUCAAUCACCGAUCAGAGAGCUCUUGCCCGCUCGAAUCUCGGCGUGUGCCCCCAGUUUGAUGCCAUUGACUCCAUGACCGUCCUCGAGCACCUCCGCCACUAUGCCCGGCUCCGCGGUAUUGCCGACGUAGAGUACCAAGUUCAAGCCGUGGUCCGUGCCGUCGGCCUCGACGCUCAUGUCAACACCAUGGCGCAGCACCUCUCGGGUGGCAACAAGCGGAAGCUCUCGCUUGGCAUCGCCCUUACUGGCAACCCGUCCGUCAUCCUGCUCGACGAGCCAUCUUCGGGGCUCGAUGCAGCCGCGAAGCGAAUCAUGUGGCGCACCCUCAGCACCAUCGUCCCCGGCCGCUCGAUUCUCCUGACAACUCACAGCAUGGAGGAAGCAGAUGCGCUGGCGAACCGCGCAGGUAUCGUGGCCCAACGCAUGCUGGCAAUCGGCGAGGUCGAAUCCCUGCAGUCCCGCUUCGGUGACUCGCUGUACGUCCACCUCGUCAGCCGCACUGCGCCUCACUCGACGGCCGAGGAGAUGGAUCGCAUGCGCGAAUGGGUACAGCUCAUGUUCCCCAGUGCCUCGAUCGAGCCGGAGACUUACCAUGGGCAAAUGCGGUUCUCCGUUUCAGCAUCUGAGGUUCUUACCCGGGCUGAGCAGAUUCAUCAAUCUAAAAGGCGUGGACAGGAGGGACAAAGUAAGGGACUCAGCGCCAUUGGGCAGCUGAUUCUGAUGCUUGAGGAAAACAAAGAGGUCUUGGGCAUCGAGCACCACAGUGUCAGCCCGACGACGCUCAAUGAUGUAUUCCUUGCAAUUGUGGGACAGCAUAAUGUCCAGGAAGAGGGUUACAGUGCACCAACGGCAGGGACAGAGAAGAAGAAGAUCCCUUGGCGAAAGAUUCUUCUUGGGUUCUAG